AUGUCUUCGAGACAACGCUAUAUGAGUUAUAGCUCCUCUGCACUGCCGACAUUGACCGUGACAAAUGGCUACGAAGAGUUGACUUACCAGCCUGCCAACUCUAGACCCCACUCCCAGUGCAUCUCAGCCUUAGAUUUUGACAGAAAUGCGCACUACAUGGAUGACCGCGUGUCCAUUGGCUCAUCACUUAGCGACGACAUGGCAGAUGAAGAAGAGAUAUUUGUUAACCUCAACACAAGAGCUAUGGCUGCAAUCCCCAACCGUCUUCAGAAGAUUAUGUGCGAGAUCCAGCAGGAACGGUAUGACAGGUUGAAGAAAGAAAACCCCAACCUGCGUAUCAUGCCAGCUGAUUACUGGAUCAAACCCGUUGAGCCUGUUCGCAAGAAGCCAGUCCGUUACGAUCGAGCGCCAACACCAUUGUACCUUGCAAUGCCACCUUCAGCCAACAAGCGCAACGCUUUUCAGCAGACGACCAACCACGCAGCUAGAGGGCAUCCCACGCUUCAGAGCCUCGGGCCUGGAGAUCGCUACAGAUGGACCGCACAUCCAGAGAUUGUCGACUAUGCUUCACGUCCAACCACAUCCCAUGGCAGUGCUCCGACCAGAGAGUUCCGAGUCCUCAAUGGUUACCGUCAGCCAGUGCCUCCGGACCUUGUACUGAAACAAAAGUUUAGAAAGCCCCAAAACAGACGACCCUCAGGUAUAAGAUCUCUUUCUGUGAAGCCUGUCGCCUCCAAUCUGCGUGCUCGUCUCAAGCAUAGUCUCUCCCGGUUGAACAAGUGGAUGAAGAACGAAAACUAG